AUGUCUAAAGCUCGAGUUGCUCUCGGAAGUAUCCUGGUUUUUGCAAUAAGAGCACAUGCCGAGGCAAUGGCAAAGAUUUUGCUGGAGCAUAAACCGAAUCUCCUCUACCAGUCUUGUCGUGGCGAGACGGCUCUCUACUGUGCUUCAGAGGCAGGAGACCUGUCUAUGGCUGACCUUCUUGUACGACAAUCAUCCAAGGGCGAAUAUGGGAUUGAUGUCGCUGAGGAGACAAGAGGAUGGACACCACUAAUAGCAGCAUGUUCUAAUGGACAUGUAGAAAUUACCAGGCUUCUAUUGCAGGCUGGUGCCAAACCAGACACCCCUGAUAUUCGAGGAUGGACAGCUCUGGAGCACGCCAUAUUUGGAGGACAUCACGACCUUGCUGAGACGUUUCUAGACAAGGAAACUCCCGCUCCUGCCAGUACUGUCUUGCUAAGCUAUGUUGUCGCCAAACCAUUCCCAAGCUUGCAAAAACCCAGUACCAGCAAUCAACACAGACCUGAAAACACUUUCGUUCAACUUGUUGGGCAUAGAGGAACGUUGAUUGCUCAUGGGUCCUUCUCGUAG